CUCUUCUCAAUCACCCCCACCCAUCCAGCGGCAGCGCAACCAUGAGCGCAACCUGUAGCGGAUUGUAAUCCUUUUUUUUUUUCUUUUUUUUUAAUGUUGGCUGGACAUGCAGCGGCUCUUUGUGUCGUGGUUGUUAAGUGCACAUGCAGUCUGUUGCGAAGAGGUUUCUUGUGCUAAUAACCUUCAGUAGCGGCUUGCUCAACGCGUCUCUGCCCUCACUGUAAACACCCUCUAGCUUUCCCGGUGAGAAGGCAGGAGCGACUGGCCGUCCCGCGGCUCCAAGAAGGCAGUGAGGCAUCAAGGAGACCGCCAAGAAAAGAAAGGAUGUGGGUGCUGGGGCUCCUGCUCGCUGUCCUCCUCCUGAUGAAAGGACAGGAGUCCUGGGGGGCGUGUGUGGAGGUGGACUCGGACACGGAGGCUGUGGCCACUGGGAACUUCAAGCUGGGCUGCAUCUGCUGCAAGAGGAGGGCGGAGGUCCACGCCACUGCCUCUGUUGAUUGGUACUACAUGAAAGUCCCCAACACCAGCUUCGUCCAGAUCUACAGCUUCAGGGACAUCACCAUGGGCCCGCAGUUCGACAAACGCUUGACGUGGGACGGCAGCGAGAAUAGCACUGACCUGCAGGACGGCUCCAUCAUCCUCCACAACGUGACCACUAACGACACGGGGCACUACCGCUGCGAGAUCACCCGGAACCUCACCAUCCACAACUACUGCAUCCGCACCUACAGCCAGAAGAACUUCACCCUCACGGUGGUGGAAAAACCGACCAGGCCUGAUGCCUCCAUUAUAUCGGAGGUGAUGAUGUACGUCUCCAUCAUCGGUCUACAGCUGUGGCUCCUUGUAGAGAUGAUCUACUGCUACGGGAAGAUCUCCGCUGCCGGGGUGGCGCAGAGGGAGAGCAUGUCAGUACACACACACCAGGGCUGGGCGGAGUACAGCGCUACUUCUCCUACUGAAAAGAACUCGGAAGACCUUCUGGUGGACGAAUAGAUCUACUCAAGAUUGCACUUGGGACCCUGAGCCUGGAGCGACCGACGGACCCCUGCAGCUAAAGAUGAGAGUUCAAAGGUCAAGGUUUAGGUUGGAGGUUAAAGUUUAUAAGUAUUAAAGCGAUAGUUCAAGUGCUGUCGUAAAAAAAGUAAAGGCAAUUGCCGCAACUUUGUUUAACACAACCAAAGUAAAGUGCAGUUUGCAAAACCCAAUCUAAUUACCAUAUAACUAAUUAGUCUUUGAAAUAUCACCUUGAUUGGCUAACUGGAUGGCUAGACAUUAACUGACAUUACAUGCUUCAGUCUUAAACAGCCAGUGAGCCACUGUAUCAGAUGGAUUCAACAUGUGAUUUUGUGAACUCUCAGCCCAUUUUAGGAUGACGAUCAUAAGACAAAUUACAUCCUUUAAAAUUGUGGUUUUGGGAUCACUGGCUUUACAUAAAUCACAGCAUUUAUAUAUACAUACAUACAUACAUACAUACAUACAUACAUACAUACAUACAUACAUACAUACAUACAUACACGCACACACACACAGGGUUGUAAAUAAACCUAAUUAUGCAAACAUAAUCUUAAUUUAAAAGGCAAUUUAAUAAUGGCAACACUUUGUAUUGCUCUUAAGUUAACCAAACUUUUGAUUGGGGUAUAUAUAUCUAAAUGUAUAAAUAAUACAUAUAGAUUUAUUUACUUUUUAACCCUCAUUUAUAGGCUGAAUGUUCAGAACUCUUCCAUGUUCCAUUUUAUCGCUACACCGAUUUUGUUCAUGUCAAUCUAAGGGCAAGGAUUACACUGCCAUGGUAAAAUGUUACACUAAACAUUUAAACUAUACGAAUCCUCAAUGUUCGCCCUCUAAUAAACAGGGUUUUGCUGCAUUGUUGAUGUUGUAACAUGGUUUAAAUUGCAUGAUUAGAUAUAAAUGUAUAUAAUUAUUAAAGCGAAGUAUUAAAGCGAUAGUUCAAGUGCUGUCGUAAAAAAAGUAAAGGCAAUUGCCGCAACUUUGUUUAACACAACCAAAGUAAAGUGCAGUUUGCAAAACCCAAUCUAAUUACCAUAUAACUAAUUAGUCUUUGAAAUAUCACCUUGAUUGGCUAACUGGAUGGCUAGACAUUAACUGACAUUACAUGCUUCAGUCUUAAACAGCCAGUGAGCCACUGUAUCAGAUGGAUUCAACAUGUGAUUUUGUGAACUCUCAGCCCAUUUUAGGAUGACGAUCAUAAGACAAAUUACAUCCUUUAAAAUUGUGGUUUUGGGAUCACUGGCUUUACAUAAAUCACAGCAUUUAUAUACACAUACAUACAUACAUACAUACACGCACACACACACAGGGUUGUAAAUAAACCUAAUUAUGCAAACAUAAUCUUAAUUUAAAAGGCAAUUGAAUAAUGGCAACACUUUGUAUUGCUCUUAAGUUAACCAAACUUUUGAUUGGGGUAUAUAUAUCUAAAUGUAUAAAUUAUACAUAUAGAUUUAUUUACUUUUUAACCCUCAUUUAUAGGCUGAAUGUUCAGAACUCUUCCAUGUUCCAUUUUAUCGCUACACCGAUUUUGUUCAUGUCAAUCUAAGGGCAAGGAUUACACUGCCAUGGUAAAAUGUUACACUAAACAUUUAAACUAUACGAAUCCUCAAUGUUCGCCCUCUAAUAAACAGGGUUUUGCUGCAUUGUUGAUGUUGUAACAUGGUUUAAAUUGCAUGAUUAGAUAUUAAUGUAUAUAAUUGUAUGAAACCUUUAAAGUAUUAUAUCCAAUUACUCCUCAUGCUACUUUCCCUAUAAGGUGUAUUGAAAUAUUGGAGCCUAAAAUACAAUAAAACCUUUUUAUCUGAAAGC